GUUUCCAAGCAACACGGCCUCCCUCUGGAUCCCUGGCCCUCCCCACAGGGUUCCACCUGCUGCCCUCACCAUAUGAGCAAAGCCCAGUGGUAGCUGCCAGAGCCCAUCACGACACAUCUCCACAGCAUGCUCAGGACUAACUCUGGUCCCAGAACCCAGGAUGUGUCCAAUCUGGAGGCUCUUGGUCCUCCUCAGCUUGCUGUCCCUACCCUCAGCACUGCACAAGCAGCCCUGGCGUGCCCUGGCCAAGGCCCACAUGGACAGCAAACCAGCUCUGGCAAGAAACCCUCUACAGUUAUUGCCCAGGGCCUCAUGAAGUACAAUGCAGAGGGCCGGAUCCAGAAUAUCCGCCUCAUGGACAGUCUGAAUGCCUCAGGGCAGAUGGCUCCAGGGAUGGUGGGCUGGUUAAUAGGCAGCAUGAGCCUCCAGCAUCAGCAAGAAAGCAGCGCCAACAUCACCAACAUUCAGCUAGACUACAGUGGGAUCCAGAUGUCUUUCCAUAAGGAGCGGUUCUCAGCAAACAUCUUAUUUGAAUUUGACAUUGACUUGAGACUGCCCUUCAAUAACAAGAUUGUAAAGACACAUGUGUGCAUGAACCUCGUUGUGGAGUUCUGGCUGGAGAAAGAUGAGUUUGGCCGGAGGGAUCUGGUGAUAGGAGAUUGCCAUGUGGAGCCGAGUAGCAUCUACAUGACAGUCCUAACUGAAGAUAUCUCACCAAAGAUGAAACAUUUUCUCCACAACUUCAGAGGGACCCUGGCAAAAGUUAUCCCAAACCCAGUAGAAAGUCAGGUGUGUCCUCUAAUCGGUGAAAUCCUCAGACAGCUGGACGUGAAACUGAUGAAAAGCCUCAUGGAACAGGCUGUUGCUCAUAAAUUCAACCAACUAUGAGUCCAGCCAACCCUCCACACGCCAGACUUGAACGUCUUCCAGCUACCUACUGAUCCAGAAGGAGAUUCCACAUCUUGGGACCUUAAGUCUUCCUUGGAGUGGGCCUCCCACUCCCAAAACCUUGCCCACAGAGUCCUGUCCUGUCCCAUAAUAAACUCUAGCUCUGAAGGGUACAAAGGUCUCCUUU